ACUCUCUUUCUGACCGCCAUGUCCUCGCAGCACCUCCUCAACCACGACGACAAUGUUUACCUUGCUGUGACCGUUUCGCCUUCGUCUCGCUUCAUGGCGAACCCGGAGCGCCUCGCUGUCCAUCCGUCACUCACCCACCUCGGGAUGGUAGGUCAGUUACGGGAUGUGCAGCUGCUGAGCGCACCUCGCGCGAACUGGCCACACUCGCAAGGGGAGAUACUUGCUUCCCUGAACGAGCUGGAUGGGGUGAAACACGUAGAUGUGCAGGACCCUCCGCGAAUGAGGGUCAAGCGGGGCGAUGAGCUGUAGCUGCCUCCGUCCGUUGCUUGUGUUUUCUGUACACCACUAUCAGUUGCAUAUGAUAACGCUACGGCGUCGAUGUGGACGCUGUGACUCAGAUUCACCUGGCGGCAAGGACUUCUAGGGUUGGGCAUACCUAUCCCAUCGAUCGGUUCUCGACGAUAACUCUAGCUAUGCGGCAUAAUGCAUGAUCUUUGGUGACGUCUUCUGCGGACGUUGCACACAUAUGCGUCCACAUUGUGAAUGAUGCCCCGAUUGUCGAUGAAGCAUCGUGUACUCAGAAGACCACACAACCCUGCCAAUGCCUUGCGCUGUCAG